AUGCACCUGUCGUCCGACAUGAGCGGCGCCAACGUCGACGGAGGCGGCGGCGGCGGCGGCGGCGGCGGUGGAGGCGGCGGGGGCGGCGGCGCGUUCGGGGGCCUGACGGCGGACGUGUUGGCCGAGCGGACGCUGGACGGGCUGCUGGCCGAACACCCGGGGGAACUGGUGCGCACUGGGAGCCCGCACCUGGUGUGCACCGUGCUGCCGCCGCACUGGCGCUCCAACAAGACGCUGCCCGUCGCCUUCAAGGUGGUGGCGCUCGGCGACGUUCUGGACGGCACCCUGGUGACGGUGCGCGCCGGCAACGACGAGAACUACUGCGCCGAGCUGCGCAACUGCACCGCCGUCAUGAAGAACCAGGUGGCCAAGUUCAACGACCUGCGCUUCGUCGGCCGCAGCGGCAGGGGGAAGAGCUUCACGUUGACGAUCAUCGUUGGCUCGUCGCCGCCGCAGAUGGCGACGUACAGCAAGGCCAUCAAGGUGACCGUGGACGGACCGCGGGAGCCCCGCUCCAAGACGCGUGAGUAUCACAUGUGCCACCAGCAGUUCCACCCCUUCCACUUCGGACCCCGGCCAUUCCACUUCGGCAGCCCGCUGGACGGGCAAAGGGUGCACGACCCGCUCGUCGGCUCUCUGCCCUUCAAGCUGUCGGUGCCAAAGGCGCUCUCUGUAUCUGCAUCUACAUAA